AUUGCGGAGGCAGGCUGCCAAGAUGUUGAAGAGCGGAGCAAGAUGUGCCAGCCUCGCUGGACCCUCUAGGAUGAGCACCCGUCGAUUGACCACUUCGUCCCCGCUCUGGGUCAAUGAGCGCGGGGAGAGAUUAAUCCUUGGCAUCGAGACCUCAUGUGACGACUCGUGCGCUGCCAUCGUUGCUGCGCCGCAAAGCUACUCUGCCAACUCGAUCGCCUCGACCUCUAAGCUUACCCUCGAUGGCCCCUUCCCCACGCCCUCUUCACACAAGCCCGGCCCGCGACUGUUGACCUCAAUCGUUAAGCGGCAGGAUCAUGGCGCUACCUCUGGCAUCCACCCGCUAGUAGCUCAACACAAUCACAUGGCUUCGCUCCCCUACGCAAUACGCGAAUGCCUGAGCAAGGGCAACAUCAGCCCCGACGGCCGGGAGGUCGAUGCGAUUGCCGUUACGCAAGGUCCAGGGAUGAACGGCUGCCUUAGCGUUGGGUUGACAGCAGCAAAGACCCUCGCUGCUGCUUGGGGCAAGCCGCUCAUUCCGGUGCACCAUAUGGAGGCGCAUGCGCUCACACCUUUUCUGACAGAAGCUGAGAAGGGCGGUGAGACAGCGUUACCCUUGACCUUCCCGUUCCUCACUCUCCUCCUCUCAGGGGGGCAUACAAUGCUUGUCCUGGCCAGCGGUGUAGGAAGCUAUACAAUCCUGGCCAGCACAUCGGACGACUCGAUCGGUGAUGCGUUCGACAAAGCGGCGAGACUGCUCGCGAUCCCAACAGACUGGAUGCGCAACUCGCCUGGAGCGUCGCUUGAAGCUUUUGCGGCUUCGAGGAGCGAAGAAGGAGAAGAGAUAGGAGCCGCAGCGCUGAAGCCAUUAAUGAAGCAUUCGCCCUUCGCAAAGCGGCCAGAAUUCUCCUACUCAGGAUUGAAGAGCGCCCUGAAGACACGGAUGCAACAGCUGGGCGAUGGUGAAGCCCCGAUAGCCACUCGGCGGGCCAUUGCUGCGCUGUUUCAGUCUACGGCCAUCGAUCAGGUGAUAGACAAGGUACGACUUGCUCUCGAUCCUAACGAGGCUUGCGAUGCAGUCUGGUCCCGCGAGUCUCUCAGCGCGCUGCGUGAGGUUCGGCACCUCGUAGUGAGCGGAGGUGUGGCGAGCAAUGGUGAGCUGCGUAGACGGCUCGGCGAGGUAUGGAGCCAAGCUGAGGGAAAGUACCUCGUCUUCCCGCCUUUGGCGCUUUGUGUCGAUAAUGCAGCCAUGAUAGCACACGUCGGCACCCUUCGGUAUCUUGAUACUCUCGCUGGCGGAGAAGAGCGGCAACGCCAAGCUUUUGGGGCUCUGCCUCGUAGCAAAUGGUCGCUGGAGGAUCUGUAAAUUCGCAAUGGCAGGGACUGAACUGUUGUGUAAUUGAAACCACCCACUUGCAAAACUGAUUGCUGCGCAAGACCGAGCCACGCAUCGAGAUGGACAAAGGCGAAAAGGGUGAUGAGACUCGAGAAGUGUUCGCUGGAGAAUGGGGAAGAUACUGCAGAAAGCGAGUAGAACGCGAUGAUGGCGUUGGUGUUGGUGAUGAUGAUGAUGAUGUUGCUCAAUUGGAAAGCCAAGUGAUAGUCUAUGCUCGGACCGAAACCAUAAGAAAGCGCAAGAGCCGUGAAACAAAGAAGACGAAAACUAGCAGAGUAGCGCAGAGUAGCGCAGAGAAUCGUGUGAUCUCUUUCUCUCCGCUCUUCCCUCUCACCUACCCCUCGUAG